AUGGCCAACUCCAUACGAUUCACGGGGCAGCAAUCUGCUCAACAAAAAAGAAAUACACAGCCCGCAAAUCAAUCGAUCCGAGAUUACUUUGAGACUACAGAAAAAGAUGAAGGUACAACAACUGAGACAUGGCUCUCGAGACCUGAAUACCCAACAGCGGCCGAAAUAAUGGAGUCUGAUAGCCAGGGUGAGAUCCCUCUGGAGCCAAAUAAAAUCCACGGGCCAUGGGAAUCGGCUGGACAAUAUCUACGGACCCACUACAAUCUACUUCGAGAGGAUGUGAUUGCCCCUCUUAGGAUCGGUGUUGCCCAGUUACGGGAGAAUUGCGAUAUGAACGACAGCAAGGAGGCUUACAUCUAUGAGAAGGUCCAUGUUGUUCGCGUGACGAUGGCCCAAAAAGGGCUCGCAUUCCGCAUUAGGUUCUCAACAAAGCGGUCCGGCAAGAAAAUAGUCUGGAAAUAUUCAUCUCGGUUGACCACCGGAUCUGUCGUGGCCUUGUCUCCUGUGAAUGAUCGCUUCUCAAGUAUUUGCUCCCUUGCUGUUGUGGCAUCUCGAUCGAUCGACAAUGUCCAAAAAAGCCCACCGGAGGUCGACAUAUGCUUCGCGGACCAGGGGGACCUUGACUUCGACCCUCAGCAAGAAUGGGUCAUGGUCGAAGCACGGACUGGGUACUACGAGGCACAUCGACAUGUACUGAUGGCACUCCAGAAGCUUUCGAAAGAAGAAUUCAACUUUAAAGACCAUAUCUGCAGUCUCAACACCGCUGUCGACCCUCCAGACUAUAUAAAAGUCAACCCGGUAUUGAACUUCAAAUCAUUGCUCCGGCCAGCUAGCCAGAGUGCCUACCAGAUAGCCGGAGUUGACGAACCGACUCGAUUCAAUGUGCUCGAUAUCUUCCCUACUACCCCUAUGGGCGGCCUGAAUAACAAUCAACAAGCAGCCUUGAAGCAGAUCCUUACUAAGAAACUCGCAAUUAUCCAGGGGCCACCAGGCACCGGGAAGACAUUUGUCUCAGUUGCGGCAUUGAAGAUCCUCCUGUCGGAGAUGGUGGGGGGAGCUCCUCCGAUCAUUAUUGCAACCCAAACGAACCAUGCUCUGGACCAGCUGAUUUGCCAUAUUUCUAAAUUCGAGAGCAAUUUCAUUCGUCUGGGUGGGCGCAGCAACAUCGAGGCGAUUCGAAAGCGUACCCUUUAUGAGAUACGGCACACCCACCAACCGAUCGACAUACAAGAGGGGAUGAUGCACCCAGCAAAAAUUGAGAUGCAGGCUCUGUCGAAUAGGCUUGCCGAGCUUCUCAAGCCGUUCGACGCAGAGCGAAAGGGUCAGCCGCUUACAAGUGACCUGCUUCUUGAGAAUGGCCUCAUUUCUCCGGAGCAGCACCAGUCACUGCAAGCGCAUGAAAAUGACAGUGAAUGGGUAGAUUCAUCAGUGAUUGAAAGCUCCACUGACCCUUUUGAUACCUGGCUCAAGGGACAAUGCUGUCGCUACGAGGUCGAUUACUCCGAGGGAGAUCAUGAGUUUGCCGAAGACGAUAUCGAAAGAAACUAUGAGCAGUUGCGAGAGCUGGAAGCAGAGCAAUCUUCAGAGAAAGACGAAUGGGAAAAUCUGUGGGGGAAAUCCAUAGAUUUGCAAAUAUCUAUGCGUGGCAAAAGCCCUCGUCUUUUGCGCCCUGGAUCGAUCUCUCGUGAAGCUAUGGAUGAAUAUCUGCUCAGACCUAACCUUUGGUCGAUUCCGACUGCGUACCGAGGCAUAAUUUACAACAUCCUCCGGCGGCGACUGUUGGAAAUUGUCCGUGAAAGAGUCCGCAGACUUGCUGGACCUUAUAUGGAGGCGUGCAAGAAGAUGCAUAUUGGAAAAUGGGAACGUGACCACGAGUUCAUAAAGAAGGCUAAGAUUUUAGCAAUGACAACAACAGGCCUCAACAAGUACCGACCCCUCAUCAAUAGCAUCCAACCCCGAAUUGUCAUGGUGGAGGAAGCUGCCGAGGUGACCGAAGCGCCGCUGGCAGCUGCAUGCUUCGAAUCGCUACAGCAUUUGAUCUUGGUCGGAGAUCACCAGCAGCUCAAGGGCCACACAAGUACACAUCAGCUAAGCGGUGACCCUUUCUACCUGGACGUCUCCUUGUUUGAGCGUCUUAUCAAGAAUGGAUUCCCUUAUGCCGUUCUUCGAGAACAACGCCGAAUGGUCCCUGAGAUACGUGAACUCCUUCAUCCAAUUUAUGGGCAACUGACUGAUCAUGUCUCUGUCCAUGGUCACGAAAGAGUUCCAGGCAUGGGAAAUGUUCGCUCAUUCUUUUUCAACCAUAAGUUUCCUGAAAGUGGUGAUAGCUUCUCAUCGAAGAUCAAUGGGUUUGAAGCUUCUAUGAUAGUGGAGUUCGUUCUCUAUCUCCUAUGGAACGGCGUCUCUUCAGACCAAAUCACGAUUCUGACCUUCUACAACGGUCAAAAGAAGCUCAUUUCUAGAGACCUGAAGACUCAUAAGUAUCUGAUGGAUCAGCCAGUCAAGGUUGUGACAGUAGAUUCCUACCAGGGCGAAGAAAACGAUAUUGUAAUCUUGUCCCUGGUGCGAAGCAACAAUACCGGGACCAUCGGGUUUCUGUCGGUGGACAACCGAGUCUGCGUUGCGCUCUCUCGCGCAAAGAAGGGAUUAUACAUCGUCGGAAACGCUGACUGCAUCAAGUAUAGCAGUCCACUCUGGUCUAGCGUCAUCGACAUUAUGUACCAUCGGAAUAACGGACCGAGCCGACUGGGAGAAAAUCACAGGCGGCUGCACUCUUGCCAUGCGGUGACAUCCUGGGGUGCGGACAUGUCUGCCCCGUUAUGUGUCACGGAUUUGAUCAUUCCUGGGUUGUCUGCAAAAGCCCAUGUCUGCAUAUCCGCCCCUGCUGUGGCGCUCGCUGCCCCCAAACCUGUGGAGAACCUCAUAGCCACCAAUGCCGAUGAUACUACCACUAGAAGUCCUAACGCUAAGUCUCCGUCCCCGAAGCCCCAGAUUCCAAAGUCGUCGAACGCUGAAAAUCUUCCCCAAACCCAUCGAGAAGAGUACUCUAUGCUACCCGGUGAGGAACUUGAACAGCGGAAACAGAGAGAAAAUGAUGCCCGGACAAAUUGGAACAAAUUCGCAGGCGGCGGCGCUAGACAGCUUGACAAAUUUCUACACACCUUGGCACGUUCCAAAGACCUCAAUUCGAUCGAAGUACAGCAAGCCCGUGCAAAUGUUGAUGAGAGCCUCAUUCCCGAGAGCUUUAGGGCAGACAAAUCUCCCCAGGGUACCAACAAAAGUGUUGCUAAGGAAAUGUGCCUGAUUGACCUAGACUCUGAGUGA